AUGGCGCCGUUUAAAGCCUUGUGUGGGAGAAAGUGUAGAUUACCACUUGCUUGGGCGGAGAUUGGUGAAAGCCAACUUAUUGGACCCGAGAUUGUUGUUCAGAUGACAAAAGUGAUAUCACAAAUCAAGGAAAAGUUCAGAGUGGCCUGGGAACGAAAAUUGAAAUAUGCUAACGUAAUACGAAGACCCCUCAAGUUUGAGGUGGGUGAUUUUGUUUUGUUGAAGGUCUCCCCGUGGAAGGGAAUAGUUCGCUUUGUGAAACGUGGCAACUUGGAGCCUAGGUAUAUUGGCCCAUUUAAGAUCUUGGAGCGUAUCAGCCCGGUAGCUUAUCGUUUGGAACUUCCUCAAGACUUGAGUGAAUUUCAUAAUGUAAUUCAUGUUUGUACUCUUAGGAAGUGUUUGGCGGAUCCAACACUUAAUGUGCCCCUCGAGGAAAUUCGGGUAGAUAAAACGUUGAAAUUUGUAGAAGAACCGAUAGAGAUACUCGACCGACAAACUAAAAAGUUAAAGAAUAUCUGGUACACGAUAGUCAAGGUGAUAUGGCAAGCUAGGCGCAGACCCGAGUUCACAUGGGAACGUGAAGAUUCCAUGAAAGCCAAGUAUCCUCAUUUGUUUAGUGAUUAG